AAACGUUAAAAAAAAAACUAGGCGGCCCAUUAGACUCAGAUAGAAUCCAUCACAGACUUCCUCUUCUAUCCUCUGGUCGCAAGCUUUCCACGGCACGUCUGCCAAUGGAUAAUGUAAUCGUUUAGCUCUCUUUUUCUAGUCCACAAUUCUUCCGGAAAUGAACUUAGCUUCCGUUUCAUCGACGCCGCCAGUGGCUUCCCCUUGUUUCCGUUGCCGAGCUUUCAUCUUCUCCUUCUCUCCUUCACCUCUCUCUUUAUACUUCCCCCGUGACUCAGCACGGCCUCGAGUUCGAGUUCGCUCCUUGCGAACGGAAUCGGACGGCGCUAGGGUCGGUGACACGGAGUCGUACGGAUCGGAAUUGCUUCGCCGGCCGCGUGUUACGUCUUCUGAGGAAGAGGAAGAAGAGGAAAGCUCCGGAGAAGGAGAUGCGUUUGUGGAUUGGGAAGAUAAAAUUCUGGAGGUUACGGUUCCUCUCGUUGGCUUCGUGAGGAUGAUUCUUCACUCCGGAAAAUACGCAAACCAGGAUAGGCUAAGCCCUGAGCACGAAAAAACAAUUGUUGAGAUGCUCCUUCCUUAUCACCCUGAAGUUGAUAAGAAGAUCGGAUGUGGAAUACACUAUAUCAUGGUUGGGCAUCACCCAGAAUUCGAGAGAUCUCGAUGUCUGUUUAUAGUUCGAAAAGAUGGAGAAGUAGUUGACUUUUCGUAUUGGAAAUGCAUAAAAGGUUUGAUAAAGAAGAAGUAUCCUCUCUAUGCAGACAGUUUCAUCCUCAGACAUUUUCGCAAACGUAGGCAGAACAGGUGAAGAAAACAAAGCUUAUUCUAGAUAUUCUUAAACUCAACAACGCUCUUGGAUACAUUCUACAAGGUUUUGAUGUUAGAACUCAAGACACUUUUCUCUUUUGAGUUGGAAUUAUGGAUGGAACUUUCUACAAGACAUGGUCUUCGCAGGAGAUCAGCAAUUACAGCACCAGAAUAUUACUAUUUUCACUGUUUACAGUCCCUAGCAUUUGUAUGAUAUGAAAAUUUUACACUAAACUUAUGUGAAGAGGUAGUGAAACGAUACACACUUUGUGUGCAGGGUUCGAAUAUUCAGACGGAGUUCCAUUUUUCAAAUUU